GCUUCCCCGGCGCGGGAGCCGAGCGCGCUGCGCGCCGCCCCGCCGGCACCCGAGGACAAAAGGACUUGAAGAAACCCAUGGUCGUGAGGUGCCGAGCAACCUUCCUGGGAUGUGUUUCUUCAGGGAGAAAAGGGAUCGCUACCUUAUUUUAUGGAUGUCCCUGAAGUAGGCUUUGGAGUUCUUUGGAAGCACAUCCCAAGCCUGGCAUGGGAAACCACAGCAAUCACACCUGCUUGACAGAUGAUUCCUUUAAGUACAACCUGUACGGAGCUGUGUACAGCGUGGUCUUCAUCCUUGGCUUGAUCACUAACUGCGCCUCCCUUUUCGUUUUCUGCUGCCGGAUGAAAAUGCGGAGCGAAACGGCCAUAUUCAUGACCAACCUGGCUGUGUCGGACCUGCUCUUUGUGUUCACCUUGCCUUUCAAAAUCUUUUAUAAUUUCAACAGGCACUGGCCUUUCGGGGACAGCCUGUGCAAGAUUUCCGGCACGGCCUUCCUCACCAACAUCUACGGGAGCAUGCUGUUCCUCACCUGCAUCAGCGUCGACCGCUUCCUCGCCAUCGUCUACCCGUUCCGCUCUCGCACCAUCCGCACGAGGAGGAACUCGGCCAUAGUAUGUGCUGGUGUCUGGAUACUGGUCCUCAGCGGGGGAAUUUCAGCCUCGCUGUUCUCCACCACCAAYGUCUCUAACACCAGCACGACUUGCUUUGAAGGUUUCUCCAAGCGCAUCUGGAAAACCUACCUGUCCAAGAUCACUAUAUUUAUUGAAGUGGUGGGAUUCAUAAUUCCUUUGCUGCUCAACCUUACGUGCUCCUCUCUAGUACUCAGGACUCUUCGGAAACCUGCCACCUUGUCUCAGAUUGGGACAAACAAGGAGAAAGUACUGAAGAUGAUCAUUGUGCACGUGGCCAUUUUUGUGGUGUGCUUCGUGCCCUACAACUCCAUCCUCUUCCUCUAUGCCCUGGUGCGCUCCCAAGCGAUAGCAAACUGCUCCUUGGAGCGCUUUGCCAGGACGAUGUACCCCAUCACAUUGUGCAUCGCAACCAUGAACUGCUGCUUCGACCCCUUCAUCUACUACUUCACGUCAGAGUCCUUCCAGAAGUCUUUCAACAUAAAAACCCAGAUAAAAAUGGAUUCUUUCUUCAAGACUGAAAUGCCCCUAACGAAGACUGCGCUACCGGCACCCCAGGAUGAAAUAAGUGACCAGGCCAUUACGAAUGGGGGGGAUCCAACAUCCGAGUCACAUUUCUAGCCAUGCAUUUGCACGUGGAGCUGUCGUCCAUUCAUUUCUUCGUUAACAUCAUGUGCAAAAUAGUUGCCGCAGAACGUGGGUUCACACAUGGUGCUGCUGAAGGAAAGUUAGGGGGGGACAAGUGCACCAGUGGGCAAACGCUCACAUGGGAUUGCUCCAUCAGGCAUCUCCAGCUGAGAACACGAGAUAUAAUAAUCCGGAUGGGUCUCUCUGGAGAAUACAGAUGUGUGAUAACACAUACACCACCUAAGGAGGGCUUGGAGCAGAUUCUGUAAUCCCCAAAAGCCAACAUUUGGCAUUUUCCCCCUCAGUAUUUGACCUGGAACCAGGUGGGAAAUGUAUAUAGAAAAGAUUCUUAUAGGUAUCUGCCAAUAUUUCAUAUCUCCUGGAGAUGAAUCAUCAUAUGUUAACUCAAUAAUUCACACAAUAUGUAUAUUUGCUUAAAAAGGUGUAAUAAAAGCCUUGGCUUUUCCUUAUUUCACUGCAAGAGUACAUAUCCUGGUUUUACUAGGUACAGGCAUUUAAUAUUUAGCUUUUGGAGAGGUUUAGAGUGUAAAUAAUUAUGAUUUGAAAAGAAGGCAAAACAGCUGCUUGAUGGUAUAAAAGAAAAUUAAUAAGAAAAAAAGAACAAUUAAUGAAGCUAUUUAGAAAUGAGCUUCAUCUUUGUACAAUUAAGCUGCUUUUUAUUUUAAGUGCCAUCUCUGGGGAGAAGCACAGAGUGCAUUAUGGCCAUGCUGCACCUGGGCUUUUAUAUCCCAGGAGAUUAUGAGCGACUAUUUCUGGUAAGGGCUGGACUAUAAAAUUAGCUGAAAGAAAGGGUCUGAAACCCCAGAAUUGUUUGUAGGCCAAGUCUGUUAUAUAGAACUUGUGCAUAAAUGAGGGCUGGAGGAAGCAUAAAGUGCUGUUCCUGCUAAAGAACAUGUUUGGAUAUAGAUAACUGGUGUCUUAUUAGCAGAAUUAAUUUUCUGCCUAUUAGAAGAAGAUSCUGUAAAUGAUUGUUUGCUAUUUUUUUUUUUGCUACACAGUCAACUAAUUAAUUAAGCUAGGGGUCUGAAAGUAAUUCCAGAAGAUGAAUAAGUAAAACAA